UGCUGUGUGUGUGUGUUUGUAGUUUAUAAGUCACCUGACUACGAGAGCCUGGGCUUUGAGCUGAUAAGAGACAGAAUGGUGUCUAUUGGAUACCCUCAUGAGAUUCUACGCUACACAUAUGACCCCUCCUUCCCCACACGCGGUUUAGUGAUCGACACCACAUAUGGGAACCUCCUGAAGGUGGAUUCAAAUGGGAAUAUUUUAGUCUGCAGUCAUGGCUUCCGCUUCCUGAAAGGGCAGGAGAUUCCCAACUACUACCCCAACAAGUUCAUUCGCAGAGAUGACACCGACCGUUUCUACAUUCUUAACACUCUCUUCAAUCUUUCAGAGACUUAUGUCUACAGCUGCCUUGUGGACUUCUUCACCAGAUGCAACAGAUAUACAAACCUUCCAAAAGGUUACCAGUACGGCGAUUUGUUAAUGUCCUUUAGAAGCAUGUUUCAGGAUGUUCGAGAUGCAAUGGACUUCAUUCACGAUACGGGAAUUCUGAAAGAACGAACUAUCAGGAAUUUGGAGAAAUACGUUGUCCGAGAAGUGAGUAAACUGACAGGAUUAUGU